CUACUGCUGUGCUUUGUGUGUCAAACAGCUAUGUCCAAUUCAUUGCCCUGGUUGGUGACGUUUCAUGCUCUCAAGGUUUCCCCGGCCGUACAGUGCGGCCAUGGCUGCCUUCUCAUCUGUCCUGCCCAAGCAGCAGAGUGGAACUCAGCCAGCGUGGGAAUUCGAUGAUAUUACACAGACGACUAGGACCUCUCAGCCCAGGCGAGGACGAGGCCAGCACUAUGUGUCCCAUGAGGAGCCCACGACAGGCGCGGAACAUGCUCCAAGUCCGCCCACCGAGUCCUGCGCGCCAUUGGAUGCGACGGCAGGACACUCGCCGUGUGCUGUCAGAUGCCCGUUAAGUUCAAGGGAGGUGCAUGAGGCCAAGGGCGAUGGUGCCGAAGCUGAUGUGCCAGAUUCUGACGGACCAGUUUGCAUCCCGGGAUGUGUGGCUCUCAGAAUAGACCAGAACGAAGACCAGAAAGAGGAGAAUGAGGAGGUUCCUGACACUCACCUUGCCCAAACUGAAACCUCGCUGGGAGCGAUCAGAGUCUUGAAGCCGGCAAAUCACCACCAAGCUGCAGAUGACAGUGGCUACAGCAUAGUUCUUCAGCAGGUGGGAGAAGAUAUACUGGGCGAUGAGGGCGAUCAGGAUGUUCACAAGCAUGGCAGACUCUCUCCGAUCCCCGAAUCCAGAGGAGCCUCGCAGUCGAUGGACGACCGAACCGGUAGCAAGACCAGCCGCAUUGAAGACAGCAAGAGGUCUGUCGGUGGCCUCUUCAAAUCGCGUGGGUCUCCGGGCUUGCAAACGAAGAGCUCGUGGACUCGUGAAACCAGCAGCUACACAGUGUCGCAGACCCUGCAGACGAAGACUGGACUUGUCAACGUCCUUGAAGCAGUCGAACCUUCAAUGCAAGUGUAUUUGGAGGAACAUUGCGCUGAUGGUCCAAGUACAAUGGGCCGACAAGUCAUUUUGUGGAAAACCUUGGGGAGCUUCCUUUUUCUCAUGCCAACCCUGUCGUUUGGGGUCAUGUUGUUACCUUUUGCUCCAGUUGAAGCAGGGUUUCACCAGAAUUGGGUCUUCAACUACCUGGCACAUCCAAUCCUGAACUAUAUUACCGCUCGUGCUUAUUUGGAGCUGGGUCUUCGCCGUCCCCUCGAACCCUCCGAGAAGCAUCGAGUGAACUGGAUUGUCAGAUGCUUUCCUCUGGUGGAUACCGUGGUUUGCUUGUCAGCACACUACAUCGCGCAUAUGUUUGGGAUGUAUCCUUUGCCAUUCAUCGUUUCUACAGUUUGUCUCCCAAGCAUGUGGAUCUCAAUGAUGCUAGCAAGUUACUUUGUCCCACGAGAGCUCAUGACCCCCACUGUGCGGAUCUACAUGCGCUUUGCUAGUUUUGAGCUCCUCUUCUGGGGCGUACAAUUCGUGAUUCUUAUGCUUUGGCUCUUGGUUUUUCCAACCCUGCCCGUGGCAUUCCAAUUGAUGAGCAGCAUUGCAGUCACUGGUAUGCUCUCUGGAGCUGGUUGGAUCAUGGGCAAGAUCGGGCAUAAUUACCUGGGCGUGCCAGAGUACAUCACUGAAGAAGCGAAGGUCAUCAUCCUUUUCCUCGCAUUUCUCUUCUCAGCGGCUUUGUUAUCCAGUGCAAAGAAUGGACUGGUUCUUUCCGUGAUUUUCAUUCUUGACGCAGGAAAAGCCGUGGCCAUUGCUCUGAAGAUGUGUCAUCAGCUUUUGGCGACCUUUAGACAUGCGAAGUCUGAGACGAGUGCCAUGAUUUCUGGAGACCGGACGCGCAGAGCAGGCGCCCCGCCGACGGCCCAGGUGGAGUCUACAUCUUCCAGCUGGAAGUCUUGGUUUGAGCAAUGUUGCCAGCCUUGCCCACAGUGGCGCACACUUCCGUCGCUGAUCCGAGAGAAGUGGACCCUGACAUGCUGUUUGCGAGAGAGGCUUCGGGAGAUUCUGGCAGACUUCGAGGGGAUGACCAUCGAGAGCCUUCAACAAGCAGAGAUCACUGUUGCAGAUGCGCGUUUGCUGAACCAACUCGCCCAACAUGCGAAAAUUUACGCCUUUGUGGAACUUUGUGAAAUCACGGUUCCUUUGAUGUACAUGCUGGUGAUUGGAACACUGCACAGCGACACUUUCGGCUACAACCGGGAGCAUUUCUUCCUUUUUGACCAACUGGGCGAUAGCUAUGAUGAUGCAAUGUUGGGUAAUGGUUUGAAUUUUGUCAUUGAGAUUAUCGUCUUUGUGGCAGCCCAAAUCAUAUUUUUGAGAUCCAUUGGAUUUGACAUCUUGUACUUUGCAGGAGUGGUUCUGAGGGAGAACUAUUCGUAUUGGGUGUUGGCAUUGGCAUCUUGUUGUUGCGCUUGGCUUUCCGUUCUGGUGAAGCAUGGCGGGCACAAUUUAGAUAUUUUUAAGGAUUGGCUCUCUUUUUAAGGUCAGAAACACAUGUUCUCAGGGAGCCUUUCAAACGUGAGAUAAAUUUUCGACUUGCAUCAAGCGAUCAGAUGUGGGUCUCAUAAGUUCGUAGUGCACUCUGAAAGAAAAAUCAUAAGAAGAGGACGGAAAACCAAUUGCAAUUGCCCUUAUAGGCUCUAGAUCACUCAAGAUAUUUCUAUGCAGAAAAAGGAAAACCUGGCGGUGUUCAUCCCUCCUCUUACUUUGAUGCUUUGACGCACCCACAGUGCUGUGUCUGCAUAGCUUGCUGUCGCACCCCGGAUGAGGGGGGGCGAUUGUGCUUGCAGCUGGUGAUGUUGACUGAUAGGUCUUGACUAGCCGGACUAAAACAGACCAAGCACCUGCC